CCUCCAAUCAACGCCUACUUCAUCGCUGCCUGUUUAGCCCCGCCCACCGAUUCGCACAUGACAUGUAAUAGGUAAACAACAUAGUCCUACGCGGUGCUAAACCGGAUCGAGGUACCAAGCAAUAAAUAUGCCUUUGAGGACUACAAAGUGUUGUGCAGUGCCUGGUUGUGGAAGAACACAGUCGCUGCAUAAGCUUCCGUUGGAUUCCAAUAUUAGAAAUGCGUGGUUGAACUUUAUUUUUAAUGAAGUUCCAGCCGACGUGGGUAAGACAUUGCGCGUUUGUUCGCUUCAUUUCACCACGGAUGGUUUUUUAAACAAAACACAGGUCGAGACUGGAUUUGCAGACCGAGUGAGAUUAAAAAACGAUGCUGUGCCUUCUAUAUUGGAUCCGUCAGGAAUGGUGCAACACACUUACUCACAGAAGGGUCCAACUAUGAAGGACGUAGCUUGUCAAACAGACUCACGGAAUCUUACAUCACAGGGCACACAGCUGGCUUUUAGAACCUUGGGACCUAAAUUCAGAAGCAAAGGAACACAGACAGAGGUGUCAUGUGAAAGUGUAGGUGCUCCAUUCACAACAUCUGGUGACACAUUCACAACUUUGACUUCAACACCUUUGACUUCAACACCUUUGAAGGAUUUUAGGCCAGCAAAAAAAGCUCGUCUAGAACUGGAGGAGGAGAAAAGUGUUUCCUUUGAAGUCUCUGAUAGUCAGGACACAACAUAUGAGCCAGCUGAGUCUGUCACCACUGUAACAGAGUCAUCACAACUUCUAUGUACGUCGAUAGAGCAGGAUACAAAAUACAUUGUAUUUGAAAAGUGCCUCCUGCAACUUUUUGAAACCUGCCCAGUGUGCAUGAGAUACUGUGAUGUUCGGGCUCGAAGAAGAGGGUCUUUUGUUGCAAUUGAUCAAUUGUGCCCACAUUGUCAAUACUUCAGAAAAUGGCAAAGCCAACCUGUUGUUGGCAGCACACCUUUGGGCAACCUCCAGUUAUCUGCUGCCAUAUACUUCACUGGCACAUCCUUCUUCAAAUUACAAAAGGUAUUCAACGCAAUGCGUGUCAAGAUGAUUACACACAGAACUUUUCGAAGGCAUGCCAGCAUGUAUCUGGAACCUGCAAUAAUCUAUACGUGGAAGAAAGAGCAAGAAGAAGUGUUGCGGCAGCUAAGCCAGGGGGACAAAGUGAUAGCGGGUGGUGAUAUGAGAGCGGACUCACCAGGCCACUCUGCAAAGUAUGGUACCUAUACCUUAAUGGACCUUGAGAGCAACAUCAUAUUGGACAUACAGCUAGUGCAGAGCAAUGAGGUAGCAGGAAGUUACCAUAUGGAAAAGGAGGGACUAAAAAGAAGUCUUGGACAUCUGGAGGCACAUGGUGUAAAGCUUGAAUGCAUUGUUACAGAUCGCCAUCCACAGAUUAAAACAUUUUUGAGGGAGCUAAACAUACCACAGUUCUACGACAUCUGGCAUCUGGAGAAAGGCUUGUCUAAGAAGUUGGAAAAAAUCAGCAAAGAUAAGGACUGUGAAGUAGUGAAAAAGUGGCAGCAGAGCAUAAAAAAUCAUGUCUACUGGACUGCAGCUACUUCAAAAACACCUGUGGAGCGAGUAGCAAAAUGGAAGUCCAUGGAACCAAAGCACUGUAUACUGUUGAAAAGAUUCUUACAAACAAGAGAAUGAUGAAAGAUAUCAAGAAACUCAGCCCUCACUUUCAAACUUCAUCUUUGGAAUCUUUUCACAGUGUCAUUUUACGCUUUGCACCAAAAAACGUGGUUUAUCCUUACCUCGGAAUGUUGUGCAGACUUUAUUUGGCAGGUAUGCAUUUCAACGAGAACUCCAAUCGUCCUCAGGCUAAAACAUCGACUGGAAAGCCAAUGUAUAGGCUUUUGUUUCCCAAAGCCAAAAAAGGAAUAUACUCCAUGAGGCCAUUAAAGUCACAGGCAACAUAUUGCUAUGUCAUCAAUCUGAUGGCAUUUCUUUUUGAGAAGGUAAUCCCAGACCCUCUUUCCUACAUGGAGGAGAUCCACAAAAUCAAGGUCCCUGAAACACUGUCCGCCCAGUAUGACAGACCCUCCAUGGAAGAAGCCAUCGCAAGGCAUGUAUCACUGUUCAGUCAAGGGGAGGUCUAAAUCCUACGCAGCUGCCUCCAGCGUCAGGAAAUUCUUGGCAUAUGCGCAGGACAACACAAGACG